AUGCGGCCCGAGGUCGAGCAAGAGCUCGCUCACACCCUGCUUAUUGAGCUUCUCGCGUACCAGUUUGCCUCGCCCGUAAGAUGGAUCGAAACCCAGGAUGUCUUCCUCGCCGAGAGGACGGCCGAGCGCAUCGUCGAAAUCGGCCCAGCAGACACGCUGGGUGUCAUGGCCAAGCGCACACUGGCCUCCAAGUAUGAGGCGUACGACGCUGCAAAGUCCGUACAGCGCCAAAUACUCUGCUACAACAAAGACGCAAAGGAGAUUUACUACGAUGUCGAUCCCGUUGAGGAGGAGCCGGAGCCCGCCGCCGGCUCCGCUGAUGCGCCAGCCUCGGGAGGCGCGUCGAGUGCCGCUGCCCCGGGUCCUGCAUCGGCCGCCGCCGCUCCUCCUCCCCCGAGCUCGGGGCCCGCUGCCCAGAUUCCAGAUGAGCCGGUACAGGCUAUCGACAUUGUCCGCGCCUUGAUUGCGCAGAAGCUCAAGAAGCCCCUUCUUGACGUUCCCCUCAGCAAGGCCAUCAAAGAUCUCGUUGGAGGCAAAUCCACCCUUCAAAACGAAAUUCUCGGAGACCUCGGCAAGGAGUUUGGCUCGACGCCCGAGAAGCCAGAAGACACGCCUCUCGACGAGCUCGGCGCAUCCAUGCAAGCCACCUUCGACGGCAACCUCGGCAAGCAGUCGCAGUCCCUGAUUGCAAGGCUGAUUUCUUCCAAGAUGCCUGGAGGCUUCAACAUCACAGCUGCUCGAAAAUACCUCGAGACGAGAUGGGGCCUCGGGCCGGGGCGGCAGGACGGCGCUCUCCUCCUGGCUUUGACCAUGGAGCCUCCGUCCCGUCUUGGCUCCGAAGCCGACGCCAAGGGGUUCUUGGAUGACGUGACACAAAAACACUCGGCCAACGCAGGCUUCUCCCUGUCCACGGCAUCGGCUGCCGGCUCGGAUGCCUCUGCCGGCGGCAUGAUGAUGGACCCUGCCGCCAUCGACGCCCUCACCAAGGAUCAGCGUGCUCUAUUCAAGCAACAGCUUGAGCUGUUUGCCCGCUAUCUCAAGAUGGACCUCCGCUCCGGCGACAAGUCCUUCAUUGAUUCCCAAAAGUCGGAAAAGGUCCUCCAGGCGCAGCUUGACCUGUGGACCGCCGAGCACGGCGACUUUUACGCUUCCGGUAUCGAGCCUGUUUUCAGCCCUCCCAAGGCCCGGACGUACGAUUCCUCGUGGAACUGGGCCCGCCAGGAUGCUCUCAGUAUGUAUUUCGACAUCAUCUUUGGCAGACUGCAGGCCAUCGAUCGUGAAAUCGUUAGCCAGUGCAUCCGGAUCAUGAACCGGUCCAACCCCAAGCUCCUCGAUUUUAUGCAGUAUCACAUCGACAACUGUCCCACCGAACGGGGAGAGACGUACAAGCUAGCCAAAGAACUUGGACAACAGCUCAUUGAGAACUGUAAGGACGUCCUGAACGUUUCCCCCGUUUGCAAAGAUGUGGCGGUUCCGACCGGCCCCCGCACAACCGUUGAUGCUCGCGGCAACCUCAACUACGAAGAGGUGCCUCGUGCAAGUUGCCGGAAGCUGGAGCACUAUGUCCAGCAAAUGGCCGAGGGCGGCAAGAUUUCCGAGUAUGGGAACCGCACCAAGGUCCAGAGCGAUCUGCAGCGCAUCUACAAGCUCAUCAGGCAGCAGCACAAGAUGUCCAAGACUUCUCAGCUCGAGAUCAAGAGCCUGUAUGGAGACGUCCUGCGUUCGCUUGCCAUGAACCAGAGCCAGAUCCUGCCCAAGGACAAUGGCAAGAGCAAGAAGACCAGUCUCAAGGGUGCCAACCAUAGCAAGGGCAAGGUCGAGACCAUCCCUUUCCUGCAUCUCAAGCGCAAGACCCUCCAUGGCUGGGAUUACAGCAAAAAGCUCACUGCUGUCUACCUCAACUGCCUCGAGGAGGCUGCCAAGUCGGGCGUGACCUUCCAGGGCAAGCAUGUCCUCAUGACUGGCGCCGGUGCCGGAUCCAUUGGCGCCGAAGUGCUGCAGGGUCUCAUCAGCGGCGGCGCCAGGGUUGUAGUGACAACCAGCCGAUUCUCCCGUGAGGUGACCGAGUACUACCAGUCCAUGUAUACGCGCUACGGCUCGCGCGGAUCUCAGAUUGUCGUGGUUCCCUUCAACCAGGGCAGUAAGCAAGAUGUGGAAGCACUCGUCGAGUACAUUUACGACACGAAGAAUGGUCUUGGGUGGGAUCUCGACUUUGUCGUUCCCUUUGCUGCCAUCUCGGAGAACGGCCGCCAGAUCGACAGCGUCGACUCCAGGUCGGAGCUAGCCCACCGAAUUAUGCUCACCAACUUGGUCAGGCUUCUGGGCUGCGUCAAGGCCCAGAAGGCUGAGAGGGGUUUCGAGACAAGGCCCGCCCAGGUUGUGCUUCCCCUGUCCCCCAAUCACGGCACCUUUGGCAAUGACGGGCUGUACUCUGAGUCCAAGCUCGGACUCGAGACGCUCUUCAACCGAUGGUACUCGGAGAACUGGGCAAACUACCUAACCAUCUGCGGCGCUGUCAUUGGCUGGACCCGCGGCACUGGUCUCAUGUCUGGCAACAACAUUGUGGCAGAGGGCGUGGAGGCUUUUGGCGUCCGCACCUUCUCACAGCAAGAAAUGGCCUUUAAUCUGAUGGGCUUAAUGUCGCCUACCAUUGUCGAUCUGUGCCAGGCUGAGCCGGUCUUUGCCGAUCUUAACGGUGGUCUUCAGUUCAUUCCCAACCUCAACGAGGCGAUGACCAAGCUCCGAAAGGACAUCAUGGAGACGAGCGAGAUUCGCAAAGCCGUUGCCAAGGAGAGCGCCAUCGAGAAUGCUAUUGUCAACGGUGCCGAGUCCGAGGCUCUCUACAAGAAGAAGACGAUUGAUCCUCGCGCCAACAUCAAAUUCGACUUCCCCACUCUGCCGGAAUGGAAGAGCGAGGUCGCCCCUCUUCAUGACACCCUCAAGGGCAUGGUUGACCUGGAGAAGGUCAUCGUUGUCACUGGCUUUGCUGAGGUUGGGCCCUGGGGCAACUCUCGUACCCGCUGGGAGAUGGAGGCACACGGCGAGUUUUCCCUCGAGGGCUGCGUCGAAAUGGCAUGGAUCAUGGGCCUCAUCAAGAAUCACAAUGGUCCGCUCAAGGGCAAGCCUUACUCGGGCUGGGUUGAUGCCAAGUCUGGUGACCCGGUCGAUGACAAGGAUGUCAAGACAAAGUACGAGAAGCACAUCCUAGAGCAUUCCGGCAUCCGCCUGAUUGAGCCCGAACUGUUCAAUGGUUACGAUCCCAACAAGAAGCAACUGCUCCAUGAAGUUGUCAUUGAAGAGGAUCUCGAGCCGUUUGAAGCUUCCAAGGAGACCGCCGAGGAGUUCAAGCGCGAGCACGGCGACAAGGUCGAGAUUUUCGAGAUUCCCGACAGCGGCGAGUAUAUCAUUCGCAUGAGAAAGGGAGCCUCGCUUUGGAUCCCCAAGGCGCUCCGCUUCGACCGUCUUGUCGCCGGUCAGAUCCCUACCGGCUGGGACCCCAAGCGCUACGGCGUUCCGGAGGACAUCAUCUCACAGGUUGACCCUGUCACCCUGUUCCUUCUCGUCUCCACUGCAGAAGCCCUUCUCUCUUGCGGUAUCACGGAUCCAUACGAGUUUUACAAGUAUGUCCACGUCUCCGAGGUUGGCAAUUGCGUCGGAUCUGGCAUGGGCGGUGCUGCGGCUCUCCGCGGUAUGCACAAGGAUCGCUUCCUGGACAAGCCGCUCCAGAACGACAUUCUGCAAGAGUCUUUCAUCAACACCAUGGCAGCCUGGGUCAACAUGUUGCUCAUUUCCUCAUCUGGACCAAUCAAGACCCCUGUCGGCGCUUGCGCCACUGCAGUAGAGUCGGUCGACAUUGGCUACGAGACCAUUAUGGAGGGCAAGGCCCGUGUCUGCUUCGUGGGUGGCUUCGACGACUUCGGAGAGGAGGGAUCCUACGAGUUCGCAAACAUGAAGGCGACAAGCAACACGGUGGAUGAGUUUGCGCAUGGCCGAACUCCCAAGGAGAUGUCUCGCCCGACGACGACGACGAGAAAUGGCUUCAUGGAGUCGCAGGGAUGCGGAAUCCAGGUUAUCAUGACCGCCAGACUGGCUCUCGACAUGGGCGUUCCCAUCUACGGUAUCCUGGCUCUCACCACGACCGCUUCCGACAAGAUUGGCCGAUCUGUUCCUGCACCAGGGCAAGGCGUUCUCACUACUGCCCGCGAGCACGCCGGCAAGUUUCCGUCUCCGCUGCUCGACAUCAACUACCGUCGCCGACAGAUCGAACGGCGCAAGAAGCAGAUCAAGCACUGGCAAGAGUCGGAGCUGGAGUUUGUGCACGACGAGAUCGAAGCAAUGAAGGCUCAGGGCUCGACCUUUGACGAGAAGGAGUAUGCCCAAGAACGCAUCUUGCACAUUGAGAAGGAGGCCGUCAGGCAAGACAAGGAGCUCCUGCGAAGCAUGGGCAACAACUUUUGGAAAAGCGACCCGAGCAUCGCCCCGCUACGUGGCGCUCUCGCUACUUGGGGCCUCACUAUUGAUGAUCUGGGAGUUGCGUCCUUCCACGGCACGUCGACCAAGGCCAAUGACAAGAACGAGUCCUCUGUCAUCUGCCAGCAGCUGCGCCACCUGGGACGCAAGAAGGGCAAUGCUGUCCUGGGUAUCUUCCAGAAGUAUCUUACCGGUCACCCCAAGGGUGCUGCGGGUGCCUGGAUGAUGAACGGCUGCUUGCAGGUCCUCAACACGGGUUUGGUUCCUGGCAACCGCAAUGCCGACAACGUCGACCCCAUCAUGGAAGACUUCGACUUGAUUGUGUACCCGAGCCGCAGCAUCCAGACGGACGGGAUCAAGGCUUUCUCGGUCACGUCCUUUGGUUUCGGCCAGAAGGGAGCCCAGGCCAUCGGUAUCCACCCCAAGUACCUGUUUGCCACUCUCGAUGAGCGCGCCUACAACGAGUAUUGUGCCAAGGUCGAGGCCAGGCAGAAGAAGGCCUACCGCUACUUCCACAACGGCCUGAUCAACAACAGCCUGUUCAUCGCCAAAUCCAGCUCUCCUUACACUGAGGAGCAGCUCCGGACUGUCCUGUUGAACCCAGACGCCCGCGUGUCGGAAGAUACGAAGACGUCUGAGCUCAAGUACGCGGCCAACUUCAUGAAGCAGUCUGAGAAGACGGUCUCAGCCUCGAGGGCCAGCGAGACGCAAAAAGUGAUGGAGGCGUUGGCGCACAAGGUGGCCAGCAAGAAUAGCCGGAUCGGAGUCGACGUCGAGGACAUCACGGCCGUCAAUAUCGACAACGAGACUUUUCUGCAGCGCAACUUCACCGCCGAGGAAACCAGCUACUGCCAAAAGGCUCCGAGCCCGCAGAGCUCCUUUGCGGGCAGGUGGAGUGCCAAGGAGGCGGUUUUCAAGUCACUUGGCGUGCCCAGCAAGGGAGCCGGCGCGCCCAUGAAGGACAUUGAGAUUCUGAGAGACGACGCCGGCGCGCCCACUGUUUCGCUCCACGGCGAAGCGGCGGCUGCUGCCAAGCAGGCUGGUGUCAAGAGCAUCACGUUGUCCAUCUCGCACUCGGAUACGCAGGCUAUUGCCGUAGCUGUUGCCAACUUUUAA